AUGAAAGAAAAAUUUCUCAAGCAAAGGGAGGAAUUAUUGGACACCGUUGUCGCACGGAACUCAAGAAACCGAAAGAGUUCGGUGAGUAUCCAAGGUAACCAGCAACGACUUCGUGAUUGGGUUCGCCAUUCGGAUCCUAAUGCGAACGGUACGGAAGAAGACGCUCACUCUUUCCCUGGAGCAAUAAAUCAAAGUGCGAAUAUGAAUGAUGAUCGAAGAAGGCUGGCUGAGCGCUUGGAUCAGUUUGAACUGAAUGGAAGUGUCACGGCAGAUGACGUGCAGGAUCUUUUGAGUCUCUGUAGGGAGACUUUGGCCUUGACAGGAAAAGCUGAUAGAAUCGGAACCGUUCCCAUUCGUAAUACGACAAGGAAGUUAGUCGACGCAGCGACUGAUCCCACUCUGCAACCGCCGAGUGUGCUUAAGGAUAGGUUCCUACGGUCGAGUAACAUGGAAACAGUUCCCAUGUUUAGCAAGUAUAGUUUGGAAGAUAAUCGACGGCUGAUCGACCAGCCAAUUGAAUCCGCAUCGAGGGUAAGGUUUAUAGAAACGAGAAAUGUUAGCUAUCCCGCCCAACCAAACUAUCCCAACGAAACAGGUAAGCGUCAAGCCUCUUUUGAUAAACCUAAAUACUAUGCCUUGAAUGAUUUUCCACCCAAAUUUGAUAUGCCACAUUAUGGCUCAGCCCCAAGUAGUCAGCCACACUUUGGAAACUCUCCUGGUCAGCCGCGUUUUGAUACCGCUGAACCUAAGUUUGAAAUUGAGCACCCCUCCAUAAACCUUAAUAGUUUUCCUGCUCAAACGCGUUACGAGUCCGCAAGAAAUAAUUUUAAUACGCUGCACCCAGUGCAAUACCCCCACGCCCCCAUAAAUUCUACAAACAAUGUUAUGAUUCAUCCAAGCCCAACUCCACAACAACUUAAUGCUAGACAGUCGCUCGCUCGUGAAUUACCGCGGUUUUCCGGUGAUCCGGCAGAUUGGCCGAUGUUUAUUGCUAAUUUCGAAUACACGACGGCAGCGUGCGGAUUCACAGACGGUGAAAAUAUGGUGCGUCUCCAAAAGUGCUUGUGUGGUAGUGCUCUUGAAACAGUUCGAAGUCAGCUAGUGUACCCAGCAGCAGUGCCCCAAGUAAUUGAAGAACUCCGAUUUCGGUUUGGACGACCGGAAGUGCUGAUCAAUUCUCUUCUCAAUCAAAUACGUUCGCUUCCAGCCAUUAGGUCUGACAAAUUGGAAGGUCUGGUGGAGUUUGGACUAGCAGUAAAAGCUUUGUGUGGACAUAUUGAAGCGGCCAACGAACUCUCUCAUCUGUUCAACCCGCAGUUGAUCCAGGAACUUGUGGCGAAGCUUCCUUCAGAACAACGGAUGCUCUGGGCAGCGCAUAGGCGAAAUUUGCAGACAGUGAAUUUAAGAACAUUCAGCGAUUACAUGGCGACCGUUGCUCGUGAUGCAACCAGUGUAAUUGUGUAUGAACCGGAAGGAAAGAAGAUCAGUUCUCGUGAAGUUACUCGUGAUAAAUUUAGGUCCAGAGCAUUUAUCAAUUCUCAUUCUAACGAUGUUGCAGGUUGCAGUGAAAAUACACCGCGUAUUAGGGAGUUAGACUGUGGAAGUUGUGGAGAACCAGGCCAUCGCCUUAGAGAAUGUGAAACCUUCAAGGAUCUUCCUAUUGACGAAAGGUGGAGGAGAGUACGAGCUUUGAAUUUGUGUCAAGUUUGCUUGUAUGGUCACGGACGCCGACCUUGUCGUAUAACUAACCGCUGCAACAUUGAUGGAUGCCAAAACAGACAUCAUGCAUUGUUACAUUCCAAGAAAGUUUCAUCAGAUAACCAGCAAGUUCAGCAUGUGGAGAAUCACGCCCAUCGACACACUAAUGGAUCAACACUUUUCCGAAUUAUACCAGUUACAGUUCACGGUGCACAAUCUGUUGUUGAAACGUACGCCUUUCUUGACGAAGGAUCGGACCUAACCCUGGUUGAAGAAGGACUCGUCAAACAGUUAGAAGUAAGUGGGAUUCAUCAACCAUUAUGUCUGCAUUGGACAGGAAACACUUCACGUUUGGAACAGAACUCCAUGAAAGUUGACCUCGACAUAUCUGGUAAAAGUCAGCAGAAGCGGUUCAAGAUAACGAAUGCCCGAACAGUCUCAACGUUGAAUCUACCACGACAGAGCUUUGAUGUGAAGGAAGCAGUCAACCGUUACACCCAUUUGAUGGGACUUCCUUUGACGGGUUACAGGAACGCUACGCCGACUAUUUUGAUUGGGAUUGAUAAUCUACAGCUGGCUCUUCCACUUGAGAUAAGAGAAGGUAAUAACUCAGGAAUCGUUGCAGCGAAAACACGACUAGGAUGGUGCGUGUAUGGAAAUCAAAAUAGACAAUCCGGAAGUGGUUUCAGUUUUCACGUUUGCAACUGCACGAAGGAUCUAGAGCUUCACGAUAUAGUUAAGCAGUUAUUCGCUUGGGAAGAAAUUGGAGUCGCUGUUGGACAGGUGUUGUCUAAGGAAGAUCAACGAGCGUUAGAGUUGUUGAGACUUUUUAUACGACGAGUGAAUGAUCGAUUUGUAACAGGUUUGCUGUGGAUUAGUGAUGACGUGGAACUGCCAGAUAGCUAUCCGAUGAGUCUACGACGACUUGAAUGUCUUGAACGGAAGAUGGAACGCAACCCUGAGCUGCGAGCUAAUCUACAUCGACAAAUAGGCGAAUAUGUAGCCAAGGGCUAUGCUCACCGAGCUACGAACGAAGAACUUCAGCAAGCAGAUCCACGUCGAGUUUGGUAUCUUCCACUGGGUGCCGUUACGAAUCCGAAGAAACCAGGGAAAGUGCGAUUAGUGUGGGAUGCGGCUGCGAAGGUGAACGGGAUCUCGUUAAACUGUGUUCUGCUUAAAGGUCCUGAUCAGCUUUCUUCUUUGCAUAGCGUGCUAUUUCAAUUUCGCCUGUUUAAUGUAGCCGUAACCUCAGACAUCAAGGAGAUGUUUCAUCAGGUUCGGAUAAGGGAGGAAGACAAGAACUCACAGCGUUUCCUUUGGAGAUCAGAUCCCACUCAGCAGCCUGAUGUGUAUUUGAUGGAUGUUGCAACGUUUGGGUCAAAGUGCUCUCCGGCAUCAGCACAGUAUGUAAAGAAUAUCAACGCACAACAGCACUGCGAACAGUUUCCAAAAGCAGCAAAAGCUAUAAUCCACCGUCAUUACGUUGAUGAUUAUCUGCAAAGUUUCGGCAAUGAAAAAGAUGCGAAGGAAGUUGCAACGGAAGUGAGGACAAUACAUCGAAAAGGCGGAUUCACACUACACAACUGGAGAUCAAAUAGUUUGACUGUUCUUGAACAUCUAGAAGAGCUGCCGAACGCUACAGAUAAACACCUAGAUCUCAGUAAAGAAGAUUCGACCAGAGAGCGAGUUCUAGGAAUGCUCUGGAAUCCCAGUAGUGAUGAGAUGAGCUUUGCUACACAGAUGAAUGCCGAGGUAAAAACACUACUUGAAACGGAAAAACGACCUACCAAAAGGCAAAUUCUACGCUGCGUGAUGACUUUCUUCGAUCCUUUGGGACUGUUAGCACCGUUCUUGAUACACGGGAAAUUGUUAAUCCAAGACCUGUGGCGUUCCGGAAUUGGCUGGGAUCAGGUAGUAGAUGAAGACGUACAUCAACGCUGGAUCAAUUGGACAAAAAUGAUAGACUAUAUAGCUGAGAUCCGUGUUCCCCGUUGCUAUUUUUCUGGAGCCACUGAGAAAACCUAUCAUCAUGCUCAGCUACAUGCGUUUUCUGACGCCAGUGAGUCUGCAUAUAGUUGUGUCAUCUAUCUAAGAACAAUGAGUAACGAUGGUUCCUGGGAGAUUCGCUUAGUCACAGGUAAGGCUAAAGUAGCACCUCUAAAGCCAGUGACGAUUCCAAGACUUGAACUGCAAGGGUGUGUAUUGGCGGCCCGUAUGAUGAAGUUUGUCCAGCAAAACCAUGAAAUUGAGAUAAAACAACGUUAUUUGUGGACUGAUUCCAGCACGGCGCUAUCUUGGAUACGCGCUGAUCCGCAUAACUACCGACCUUACGUGGCCCAUAGAGUAGCUGAAAUUCAGGAGUUGUCCAGAGGAGAUGAGUGGAGAUGGGUGCCUACAAAGAUGAAUCCUGCAGAUGAAGCCACGAAGUGGGGCAGUGGACCUUAUUUUAAGAACGACAGUAGCUGGUUUGAUGGUCCAAAUUUCCUUAUUUCCUCGGAGGAAGAUUGGCCCAGAUCGCGAGAGUAUUUUGUUAGCACUGAUGAAGAGAAAAGAGCAACAGUAAUGGUUCACCUCCACCGUGACCCAAUCAUUGAAUAUCAUCGAUUUUCUCGGUGGGAACGACUGCAUAGAACCAUAGCAUACGCACUUAGAUUCGUCAAUAUAUUCUCAAAGAAACGACACAUUGAUACGGAUGUCUUGAAGCAACACGAGCUGUUGGCAGCGGAACAAGAAAUCAUCAAACAAGUCCAGUGGGAAAGCUAUCCGGAUGAAAUGACCCUUUUGAGAAGUUCCAAGAACUGUGGUGAAGGAUCCACGAUACAGGUCGACUCAAACAGCCAACUUUAUCAGUUAAUUCCGUUUCUGGAUGACCAAGGAGUGAUGCGCGAGAACAGUCGUGUGAAGUCGUCGAAAACAGUAGCAUAUAACGUACGUUACCCCGUCAUUUUGCCCAGGAAACAUAGAGUAACAGAACUGCUAGUUGAUUGGUUUCAUCGUCGUUUUCACCACGCUAACUUCGAGACUGUGGUGAAUGAAAUUCGUCAGUUGUACUCUAUUUCCAAGCUGCGUCAAGUUGUGAAGAAAGUGUGCAAUGAUUGUCAAAUGUGUAAAGUACGAAACGCAAGACCGUCGCAUCCUAUCAUGGCGCCAUUACCAGCUGCUCGAUUGGCCGAUCAUGAACGCCCAUUCACCUUUACGGGACUUGACUAUUUUGGGCCACUACUAGUCAAAGUCGGACGUUCGUCAGUGAAGAGAUGGGUUUGUUUGUUUACUUGCCUAACUACACGCGCCGUUCACUUAGAAGUUGCUUUUGAUUUGUCCACUGCAUCGUGUAUUUUCUGUGUCCGCCGGUUUAUUGGGCGCCGUGGAGCACCCUUAGAGUUCUACAGUGACAAUGGGACGAAUUUCCAAGGAGCGUCAAGAAUAUUGCAAGAUCAAAUCAAUCGGGGUUUAGCCAACACUUUCACAAACUGUCACACGAAGUGGACCUUCAAUCCACCAGGGGCUCCGCAUAUGGGGGGCGUGUGGGAGAGACUCGUUCAAUCUGUUAAGUGUGCAAUUAAAGAUGCGUAUGAAGAGGGAAAAUUAAAUGACGAGGGCUUGCAAACACUUUUAGUAGAAGCCGAAGGCAUAGUUAAUAGUAGGCCACUGACGUAUUUACCUUUAGAUGCAGCAGAAUACGAAGCACUUACCCCUAACCACUUCCUACUGGGAAGCUCUAGCGGGGUAAAGCAACCAACUGUACCUGUAGAAGAACAUCGAAGACUGAAGACAACCUGGGAUCUUAUACAACAUGAGCUGGAUGUUUUCUGGAAACGCUGGCUAAAAGAAUACAUGCCAAUCAUACGUCGCCGAUCUAAAUGGUUCAAACAAGUUCGGCCAAUUGAAGUUGGGGACCUAGUUCUGGUGGUCGAUAACAAAGUAAGAAACGGAUGGAUACGAGGACGUGUUGAGGAAGUAGUUACUGGGUCAGACGACCAAGUUCGUCAAGUCUACGUGAGGACAGCCAAUGGAGUUCUACGCCGAGCGGUUCACAACCUUGCUUUAUUGGAUGUUGGACGAAUUAGUGCAGUCUCGGUGGAUACCAAGAUGCACCCGGGGGAGGAUGUCGGCAAACAGGCAACCCUGCCGUAA